CUGAUUGCGAACAUUCUCUUGAUUGCAACUCACAGCAAAAUACCGUCUUCUCUCGGAAGCCUUCGCUGUCUACGGGGAAGAUGGCUGAAACUAUUCUUGCUAAUAAGGACCGAGCUCAUGCCACACCGGUCUGGAAGGCUCUCGCGCAUGAAUGCCUACCCAGCCGCGGUCGCGAUUUGGACCACUGGUGGAAUAUUACAGGAUUCCAUCUGGCAAAUCUCAUUGAUAGGGCCGGCUAUUCAACCGAGAGGCAAUAUCAAGUUCUCUUGUUCCACUACCACAACAUCGUGCCAUACUUUGGGCAUGCGCCGGACUCGAAGGGCAAUGUGGCAUGGAAGUCAAUAAUGUCAACGGAUGGUUCGCCCAUCGAAUACUCCUGGAAGUGGAGCACAAAGCCUGAAGGCAAGCCCGAGAUCCGCUACUCUAUGGAAGCGAUCGGGGACCUCUCUGGCUCGGCCAUCGACCCGUUGAACCAGCAACGCGGUCGUGAGCUCAUGCAGCAUCUCGCGACUGUAGUGCCAACCGCCAAUUUCGAUUGGGCUCAUCAUUUCCUGGCGCAUCUCUUCGAUCAUGAUACGGCCAAGUACCACAAAGAGAAUGUAGAAGGAGGGAUGCCUCCCCGUGGAACCCUUGGUCACGGGGUUGAGUACGGCCAUUCGGGCAUCAGCAUCAAAACCUACUUCUCCUCGCGACGAUUGGGCUCUAGCGGCCACCCCACCUUGGAGCAAUGGGAUGAAGCAAUACGCCGACUGGACCCAAACAAUGCCAAUCGCGAUGCGUUGCUGGGGUUCCUUAAAGAAAACCCGGAAGGAAAGCUCCUCACCCCAUUCACACUGGCUCCAGAUGGAGCCGCAGCAGAUAAGGCGCGCCUGAAGCUGUACUUCACAUCACCAAACACCAGUUUCACAUCUUUGCGUGAGAUACUUACGAUGGGUGGCUCCAUAAAGGUCUCUGAGGAGUCUUUGCAAGACCUCAGAUCGCUCAUUACGACUGUCCUCUCACUCCCAGAUGACUACGCCGAAGAUGAAGCCAUCCCCAGCAAGCCUUGGACACCCCCGGCCAAGGAGAUCUUCAACGACCAGCCAGCUCUCUUGGGUGGCUACUGCUACUACUUUGAUAUCCCCCCAGGCCUCUCAAAGACACCAGAUAUCAGAUUCUACUUGCCAGUCCGCCAGUACGGUCCGGACGAUGGCAGCAUUGCUAAUAGCGUUGCGAAGUGGAUGAAGGCGCACGGCCGCGGUGCCUAUGCCAGCAACUUCCUUCAGAUGAUGGAAGGCUUCGCUGAGCAUCGCAAGCUUGAUGAGGGCAAGGGUUUGCAGACUUAUAUUGGAUGUAUUAUUACGAAGAACGGAGAUCUGGAUGUUACAUCUUAUUUUGGGCCGGAGAUGUACCACCCUGCCCGCUUCGCAAGCACUAACGGCAUCAAUGGGCACUAGGUCUAUCUUUCUCUACGUGUUCCCAUUUCAUACUUCCAUUAAUUUGGAUGCAAGCUAGAAAAUCUACCAGAAGCUGUCACGUUCAUCAGCUCCGGAAAUCUACGUCAAGCGUGCUGUUCGCAAGACCUCAUGUGAAUAGAAGCCCCUUCAGAUC